AUGAUUUUGUCAAAAAUUGAAGAGGAAAGACGUAAGGAAAACACAACCUUUAGAGAAGUCAUCACUCCAAGAGGAAAGCUGGCAGUAUGUCUUAGUGUUCCGUCACCAGCAGUGUUCCGUCACCAGCAGUGUUCCGUCGCCAGCAGUGUUCCGUCGCCAGUAGUGUUCCGUCAGCAGGAGUGUUCCGUCAGCAGGAGUGUUCCGUCAGCAGGAGUGUUCCGUCAGCAGGAGUGUUCCGUCACCAACAGUGUUCCGUCACCAGCAGUGUUCCGUCACCAGCAGUGUUCCGUCACCAACAGUGUUCCGUCACCAACAGUGUUCCGUCACCAGCAGUGUUCCGUCACCAACAGUGUUCCGUCACCAACAGUGUUAAGUCACCAGCAGUGCACCGUCACCAGCAGUGUACCGUCACCACCAGUGAUCCAUCACCAGCAGUGUUCCAUCACCACCAGUGUUCCGUCACCACCAGUGUUCCGUCACCAGCAGUGUUCCGUCGCCAGCAGUGUUCCGUCGCCAGUAGUGUUCCGUCAGCAGGAGUGUUCCGUCAGCAGGAGUGUUCCGUCAGCAGGAGUGUUCCGUCAGCAGGAGUGUUCCGUCACCAACAGUGUUCCGUCACCAGCAGUGUUCCGUCACCAGCAGUGUUCCGUCACCAACAGUGUUCCGUCACCAACAGUGUUCCGUCACCAGCAGUGUUCCGUCACCAACAGUGUUCCGUCACCAACAGUGUUCCGUCACCAACAGUGUUCUGUCACAGCAGUGUUCCGUCACCAACAGUGUUCUGUCACUUCAGCAGUGUUCCGUCACCAGCAGUGUUCCGUCACCAGCAGUGUUCCAUCACCAACAGUGUUCUGUCACCAACAGUGUUCACCAGCAGUGUUCUUCACAACAGUGUUAAGUCACCAGCAGUGUACCGUCAGUGUUCACCAGCAGUGUUCCGUCACCACCAGUGUUCAGUGUUCCUCAACAGUGUUCCGUCACCAGCAGUGUUCUGUCACCAGCAGUGUUCCGUCGCCACAGUGUUCCGUCAGUAGUGUUCAGGAGUGUUCCGUCAGCCCGUCAGCAGGAGUGUUCCGUCAGCAAGUGUUCCGUCACCAACAGUGUUCCGUCACCAACAGUGUUCCGUCACCAACAGUGUUCCGUCACCAGCAGUGUUCCGUCACCAACAGUGUUCCGUCACCAACAGUGUUCCGUCACCAACAGCAUUCCGUCACCAACAGCAUUCCGUCACCAACAGUGUUCCGUCACCACCUGGAUCUUCACUACAGUAGGGUGUUAACACUAUCAAAAACACCAACAAAAUCGUAUUAA